CAUAAGGAGUAAAUACUACAGACUGUGGCGGAGCCUGGACCACUGCUGCUUUGGAUAUCACUGGAGACGCGAAAGGAGUGCAGCGCGCGGGCACUGAACUACCCAAAGGCGUUUGUCACGAGUCCUUACCUAAAAAUGCACCCGUUGCCUUAAGGAACGAGGAAGCACCAGAUAUUUGACAGGUACAGGAAGAAGGACACAUUUUUGAAUAGGCUUUUAGCCUCGCUUUGGCGCGGCGUUUUGGUUUAUACGCCAGAUUAAAACCUGGAUAACCUUCACAUAAAACGGACACAAAAGUUGCGACUGGACUAUUGGUACUGUAGUUGUUGUUACGUUUCUAAAUUAGUGUUGUAUGUGGAUUUUUAACGGCCGGAAAGUACAUUAACAUUCAAUGACAUUGACAGUGCCUUAUUUCAAUAGUAUUUUAUAGCCUUGCACGGCAUUCGCCCUUCUUACUCAGUCGCUACAUACAGUAUAUACUGACACAUGCUUCAGAACAGCCUCGUUGAUAAGAAAGGAGAGAUAAAGUACUCAUAGUCGCAUAUUUCGCUCGAGAUAGUAUUCAGGCUGUUUAUGUAUCCAUUAGAGUCGCUGUCUGAGAUCUGACCGGCAGCACACGUCAAGCGCGGCUCUAGCAGCAUCACCGCUCAAUAUCGAGGACUGAACAUCUCAAUUACCAACAUGACGGAUGGACCGAGACAAAGAGGGAGCGCAGCCCCGAGCAUUAGCGAGGAUGGUGCAGCAGACGCGGGGAAAGCAGCAGGACAGUCGGUGGCGUUGAAGAAAGAGAUCGGUCUCGUCAGUGCAUGUGGCAUUAUUAUCGGUAAUAUCAUUGGCUCUGGAAUCUUUGUCAGCCCGAAGGGAGUGUUGGAAAAUGCCAGUUCAGUGGGCCUGGCCCUCAUUGUAUGGAUCAUCACAGGCGUUAUAACAGCCAUCGGUGCACUCUGCUACGCUGAGCUGGGUGUUACAAUCCCCAAAUCUGGAGGCGACUACUCUUAUGUCAAGGACAUCUUUGGAGGGCUGGCAGGGUUUCUGCGGUUGUGGAUCGCCGUGUUGGUGAUCUACCCCACUAACCAGGCGGUUAUUGCUCUCACCUUCUCCAACUACGUCCUGCAGCCUCUGUUCCCCACCUGCUUCCCCCCAGAGAAUGGUCUGCGUCUGCUCGCUGCCAUCUGCUUGUUGCUGCUGACUUGGGUGAAUUGCUCUAGCGUGCGCUGGGCAACACGAGUACAGGAUGUCUUCACUGCAGGGAAACUUUUGGCCCUCAUUCUUAUCAUCAUCAUGGGCAUCGUACAAAUCUGCAAGGGCGAGUAUUACUGGUUGGAGCCGGCCAAUGCUUUCGAGCCGUUUCAAGACUAUGAUGUUGGUCUGAUCGCACUAGCAUUUCUACAGGGGUCCUUCGCCUACGGUGGCUGGAAUUUCCUCAAUUAUGUCACAGAGGAACUCGUCGACCCUUAUGUGAACCUUCCCCGUGCUAUCUUCAUCUCCAUUCCCCUUGUGACCUUUGUGUAUGUUUUUGCUAACAUUGCUUACGUCACUGCAAUGAGCCCUCAGGAACUUCUGGCUUCUAAUGCUGUAGCUGUGACGUUUGGUGAGAAGCUGUUGGGAGUGAUGUCAUGGAUCAUGCCCAUCUCUGUGGCCUUGUCCACAUUUGGGGGGGUCAACGGCUCCCUCUUCACCUCCUCUCGGUUGUUCUUUGCGGGUGCACGUGAAGGUCAUCUACCUAGCUUACUGGCUAUGAUUCAUGUGAAGCGCUGCACCCCAAUUCCAGCCCUGCUCUUCACUUGCAUCUCAACACUUCUGAUGCUGUGCACCAGUGACAUGUACACACUUAUCAACUAUGUGGGUUUCAUCAACUACCUCUUCUACGGUGUCACUGUUGCUGGGCAGAUUGUAAUACGGGUUAAACAGCCAGAUAUGCACCGGCCAAUUAAAAUCAGUCUGGUGUGGCCUGUCAUCUACCUGCUGUUCUGGGCCUUCCUGCUGAUCUUCUCUCUGUACUCGGAGCCUGUGGUAUGUGGCAUUGGCUUGGCCAUCAUGCUUACCGGAGUCCCUGUCUAUUUCUUGGGCGUGUACUGGGAGAACAAACCCCAGUGUUUCAAUACAUUUGUUGACAAGAUGACAUUCCUGGGUCAGAAGUUCUGCUUAGUGGUCUACCCAAUGGAGGACGAGAAGAAAAACGAGGAGCCUGGAGAAGAAAUCGAAAUGAAGGAACAGUCGGUUCCACUGUCAGCGGAUGAUGAGCAGACACCGAAAUCAGCUGACUGCUGAACAGACAUGUGAAGACACACUCGAUCACUAACAUACGGGCAGCCAGACUUAUUCAGAAAGACACUGGAAAUCAAACUCAGAUUUUUCACAUACCUCUAUAUUUUGCCUUUUCAUAAAGAGGGGGUUGCACUGGAGUGCAGUGGCUAAGCUCAGGAGAGUAAUGAACAGACACUAGCUGCUCCACAGCUCAUGUGGUCUUAUACAACGUUCUCCGUUAUCUCUAGUUGCUAGUCUCUUAGCAACUGCUUUCUACUCCAUUGGCCGUGCAACAGAAUUACAACAUUAAAAUGUGGGAUGGCACAAAGCUCUAGAAUGUAUUACUUAUAAACACUGAUUUGGAAGGGUCUGCAUUUUUUAAAAAGACCUUUCUGAAACAUUCUUUUCUAAGAGAAGCACAGGGAAUUAGAAUUCUGUUUUGUUCAUGCUAAAAAUGCCAAAAUGCCAUCAUGGCUUCACCUAAAGCGUUCAUUUUUAUUUAUUUAUUUAUUAGCGAGUACAUUCUAAUGUUCUAAUUCUUACCCCCUCUUUAUUUUUUCCAUUUUUUUAUUUCUGUCCCAACACUUCCAGGCGUAAAUGCUUUUUUUUUUUUUUUUUUAAUAAGCCAAAGCUGUAUUUUAAUUUGACAUUUCUCAUUUCAAGUGUAUUUUAUCACACCAAAACACUCAGAAGCAUUUCUGUUUAUACAUUUUUUAUUAUUUUUUUUAAUUGUCCUGUUCUAAUCAUAUUUCUUUGUCAUGAUGCAAUUGUUAUUGUUUUCUCUGUUCUCUUUCCUGAAGGAAAGCUCUGGGAUUUUUUUUAAUCAUCAUAUAUUUUAAGGCAUAUAUGUAAGAACCAAUUGUGGUGGUUCAGAGUAGUUUUCUACCAGGUUACUCUGGUACCGAUACAAUUUAAGCUCUUUUAUUUGCCUAAAAACUUUUACAUAAACUGUAUAAAGAGUAUUUUUCUUUCUGUAGAUAAAAAGUGUUCGGUAAAAACCUAAAGAGGCCAUUGUGAAAUGAAGUGUUGCAAUGGUAUCUUCAUUCUUUGUGGACUUUAAACAAGGAAUAUGGCUUUAUAGCCACUGUCAUAACAUGCAGUUAAAUAAUUUCACAAGUAUAAACACAAAUAUAUAUUCAAAUUUGCAGAGCGUUUGGUCGUAUAUGGAAAAAAGAAAAACAGUAGUGGUGCAUAGCUAGUGUCUGUGAUGUAGCUGAAAGCCUGUGAGAAUGUAAUGUCAUUAAUUAUGUGAAUAUUCAAAAACUUGAAAUCAGUUGUGUCAGAAGAACUUGUUAAAUCAGUCUUACAAAGCACAAUAUAUUAUAAUUGUGUAAAUGGACUGUAGAUCUUAAUGUAGGUGCAAUACAAGGGACUAGAAUCUAUCGAUCAAGCUAACAAACCUAUGAUUUAUGCAUUAAUAUACUAAAUAAUGGAACUGCACACCAAAAUGGAGAGCCUUAAAGAUAAUUAAUUUUCUAAAAAAAAAAAAAAAAAAACAUAUUAAUUUGUGUAAGUAUGCUUAGUUCAAGAAUACAUGAUGAAAGUGUUCAGUAUGUAUGUCACUUAUCCAUUCAAGCGUGUAAGGCAUUUUAGUGGUCACAGGGUCUUUUCAAUGUGCCUGUGUUGAUGUCACACCUUUACCCACUUGUGAAGACUAUGGAAAAGUGCCAAGUGUUCUGUGUGUUAUUAUUUUUGCAGAUCUGUAAUGUGUAGGUGCUGUAUAAAAAGCAAUAUGUAUCAGUGUAAUUCAUUGCACAUCCAUUUUGCAUGAGCUUAAUCCCCCACAUUUCUAAAUAUCAAAUCUAUAACCUUCGCACUUGCACAAUAACCACUGCCUUUUGGUUCCUCUGUCCUAGUCAGGCGGCGACGAGGCCUGCAUUUAUCACCCAAACUUUACUUCUCUGGCAUCAAAGGUGCAGAGCAUCUUUGGUUGUCGAAACGCUGCUCUGAGCUGUGCCUCAGUAUCCAGCACUGCCUACUGUGUGCUAAACACAAACACUAUGUAUAUUUAAUAU